UCCACGCCUUCCUCAUCCCAUCAGUCCCGUGUCCUCAUUCACUCCAGACACACACACACACAAACUGCUGACAAGGUUUUUUUCAUGGCGACCAUCUCUCAGUGUACGCACUUUGCUCUUCUUCUGUUGUUUACUUUCCUGGCUGUGUCAUUUGCACAAGAUGAACUCGUAAUCAGUACUAAGCAUGGGAAAGUUCAAGGGAAGAUGCUUUCAGUAUUAGGUGGUGAAGUUCGAGCAUUUCUGGGAAUACCGUUUGGAAAACCACCUCUUGGAAAACUGAGAUUCAGAGCUCCACAGCCAGUGGAGACAUGGCAAGGUGUGAAGGAUGCUACCAAAUUCUCAAAUUCUUGCUACCAGGUGUUCGAUACAUUCUUCCCAGGGUUCCAGGGUUCAGAGAUGUGGAACCCAAACACUCCUUUGAGUGAGGACUGUCUGUACCUAAAUGUCUGGUCACCACGUUUCAACAAAACCCAGACCUCCCCAGUGGCCGUCCUUGUCUGGAUCUAUGGAGGUGGGUACAAUGCCGGAACAUCAUCCCUGGACCUUUAUGGAGGCCACUUCCUGAGUAGAUCUGAAGGUGUUGUUGUGGUAUCAAUGAAUUACAGAGUGGGAGCUUUUGGCUUCCUGUCUCUUCCUGACAACAAAAACAUCAAGGGAAAUGUAGGCCUGCUGGAUCAGCGCUUGGCCCUCAAAUGGGUAGCCAAUAAUAUUGCUGCUUUUGGAGGUGAUCCUUCAAAGGUGACUCUGUUUGGGGAGAGUGCAGGAUCAGGAUCUGUGGGCUUCCAGCUGCUCUCCCCAGGCAGCCACAGUUAUUUCCAAAGGGCUGUAAUGCAGAGUGGCUCUCCCAAUGCACCCUGGUCCACAAUCAGCCAGACUGAAGCCUGGGACAGGUCCCUGAUGCUGGCCAAGUUACUGGGGUGUCCCACAUCUCAUCCAGCUCUGGAAGAUUGUCUGCAGUUGGCUGAUCCUCAAAAAAUCACAACGAAGCAAUACGAUGUUCUCACACAGCCUGAGCUCUUAGCCUUACCCUUUGUCCCUCAUGUUGAUGGAGACUUUCUACCAGAUAAAGUUGAAGUGCUGCUAAGUAGCGGAACCCUUCCAAAGAAAGAGUUGAUGAUUGGCUUAAACAAGGACGAAGGGACCUUCUUCCUUCUUUAUGGAAUGCCUGGAUUUAACCUCAGUGGUCAGAGCCUCAUCAGCAGGACUGAUUUCCUAAAAGGGGUUCAGCUCGCAUUGGGUCAUGCAAGUGAUACCAUAAGACAAGCUGCCAUUUUCCAGUACACUGACUGGGCAGAUGAGAAUGACAUGAUGAAGAAUCGUGACGCGGUGGGUAGCAUGGUUGGAGACCGACUGUUCGUCUGUCCAGUGCUGGACUUUGCUGAGAGGUACUCACAAAAUGGUAGGAAGACUUUCCUGUAUUUCUUUGACCACCGCUCAUCUGUCAAUCCUUGGCCAGAGUGGAUGGGCGUUAUGCACGGCUACGAGAUAGAAUUUGUCUUUGGAAUGCCUCUGAAUGUUUCCCUGGGAUACACCAAGACUGAAGUUAACAUGACCAAGAAGUUUAUGAAACACUGGGCCAACUUUGCCCGGACAGGGAAUCCAGGGAUUGAUGGAGUUAGCUGGCCUACGUUUACCCAUGAAAACCAAGAGUAUGUCACUCUGAACUACAGACAUCCAGAACAAAAGAGGAUGAUGAGAGCUAAAGAGUGUCAGCUGUGGAGCAAAUUCAUUCCACAAGUGCAGAGCGUCUCAGACAAGCUGCAGUCUUGUUUGAAUGCAGGUGGGAUUAUUCGCUCCAAUUACAUGUUCCUGCUUAUGUUGCUGGUUGUAACUUUUAUCUAUUGAUACAGUGAAGAGACCUGCAUACCAUAAAGCUGGGCUAUUCACAUAAAAAGAAGGAAUGAACAAAACAGGGUCUAUACUACUAUUGUACAAGUUUGAUGUGACUAUUGCUUCAUUUAUAUUGUUAAAGAAAUAGAUUUUUGCUAUACAAAAUUUUACAGUGCUACAGUUUUUUUUUUCAUAUUUAAUGCACCCGUUUGUUGCCUUCCCAUAUGAAAAAUUAUGUUCUGCAAAAAUUGUUUUUUCGGAUGCCAAAAUCGUGUCACAAAUGAUUGCGCAAUACUGUGUGUUUUAAUGUUGCAACCAAUAAGUGGCUACAGCUGACACGGGAAUUUUACUACUGUUCAGCUACAAAUUUGUCAUUGAUGCCUUUCUUUUAAAACUGAGCAUAUAAAUGGUGCCAACAGGAAAUAAAAUAGUGAAAUGUUUGAGUGCACCCAUAUUGGGAGAGAUAGAUUAAUAUGUAAAUACGAUACACAUUAUUUCCUUGUUUACAACUAUAAUAACUUCACUCCCCAAAUGGCCAUCACCAACUUGAGGCUGAGGGAAGACUUUGUUAUUGUGAUUAUCAUCGAGGACCUCAUCACAAAGACAAGCAGGAAUGUUGGGGUUUGUAUUAAUGUGCUGUUGACUACACUGUUAAGUAAAGACCAUGUACUGAUGAAUAAAGAUGUGGAUAAAAUGUUGA